AUGAUCGACGGUCGAGUCGGGACAAAGGAGAGACGAGGAACGAAAACGGGGACGAGGGCUGUCCCCAGCCCAGAGACCCCUCCCCACUGUUCCCAGCCCAGAGACCCCUCCCCACGGACCCCAGCCCAGAGACCCCUCCCCACUGUUCCCAGCCCAGAGACUAGAGACCCCUCCCCACUGUUCCCAGCCCAGAGACCCCUCCCUAUUGUUCCCAGCCCAGAGACUAGAGACCCCUCCCUACUGUUCCCAGCCCAGAGACCCCUCCCUACUAUUCCCAGCCCAGAGACUAGAGACCCCUCCCCACGGUCCCCAGCCCAGAGACUAGAGACCCCUCCCCACGCCCAGAGACUAGAGACCCCUCCCCACGGUCCCCAGCCCAGAGACCCCUCCCUACUGUUCCCAGCCCAGAGACCCCUCCCUACUGUUCCCAGCCCAGAGACCCCUCCCUACUGUUCCCAGCCCAGAGACACCUCCCUACUGUUCCCAGCCCAGAGACCCCUCCCAACUGUUCCCAGCCCAGAGACCCCUCCCUACUGUUCCCAGCCCAGAGACCCCUCCCUACUGUUCCCAGCCCAGAGACCCCUCCCAACUGUUCCCAGCCCAGAGACCCCUCCCUACUGUUCCCAGCCCAGAGACCCCUCCCUACUGUUCCCAGCCCAGAGACCCCUCCCUACUGUUCCCAGCCCAGAGACACCUCCCUACUGUUCCCAGCCCAGAGACCCCUCCCUACUGUUCCCAGCCCAGAGACCCCUCCCCACGGUCCCCAGCCCAGAGACUAGAGACCCCUCCCCACGGUCCCCAGCCCAGAGACUAGAGACCCCUCCCCACGGUCCCCAGCCCAGAGACUAG